AUGAAGCUCUUUCUUCUCUCGCUCACCGCCGCCUGCUUCUGUUUUGUGGCCCAAACGCAGGCAGGCCCCGACGCCCUGGAGACCAGAAAACUCAGAGAAGUCCUGAGCCAGUUGGAGAAAGUUAAAGACAACUCACUGAAACUCGAUGAGCCGAUGAUGAGAACCCCCCCAAAGGACAUCCAGGACGGCUGCCGUCUUUCAGCCCUGGAAUGCUUUCGGACGAGUCUGACGGAGACUUUCAAAACCCCCGAAGCCACCAAGCUUUACAAGAACCUGGGACAGCGCACAACUAGGGUGGGACUGAACGUUAGCAGUACAGAAAAUGCAAUCCAGUCCACCUGCCCAGACUGUGCCCUGCAUCCCAUGGAGAAAGCCACGGUUUUUUUCGACAGACUGAAGAGCCUCAUCCAAAACGGUCUUAAAGAGCUGAGCAAAAAUGAAAAAACGAAGACUCUGAAAUAACCGAGUAGUUGAUGAACGAAGACACUACACUGGAGAGGGCUUCACACGCCUUAACCAUGUCUAAUUUAUUUUCUAUUUAUUCAAUUUACUGUGUUGAUGAGCUCAAUGAAGCUAUAACGAAUGUAUUCUCAGAAAAGCUGCUUUGCUGCCACCCUGUGGAUUUGUUACCGUAGUUUUUUUUAUCCUUUUUUCUUUCCCUGAAAUAUAAAGUUUAUAAUGAGAUUAAUACUAUGUAUGAUGGGCCUUAGUGCAACAUGUCUCAGAUUAAAUAUAAAUGUACCAUCUGCAAAUAUUAAAAAGACCAUAAACAUAAAAGGUUUGCUUUGCUGGUUUUUAAGGACACUUGAUAAUAAGAAUACUUCAAAUAA